AAGGUAGCUGGUUUCCGGUGGGAUCCGCCGCCGCCGAGAUCACCAGCGAGGCCGGAGUCCGGGUCGCGGGUGAGAGAGGCCGAGGGAGCCGCCCGGACCCCGCGGGGUCUCAAGUUGAGGUAAUUUGAAAGGAGUUUCCUUUAUGUGCUGCACCAAAUCCACCCAGUAAACCACAGAUCUGCCAAGUUUUGCUUCACUGAAAGUGAGACGCAGAUAUUGGGAUCAGCACACUGCAUUAUAAAUUCUCUACGUAUCCAGAGCUGUCCCAAUCUGUGCCCCAGCAAUGGCAGCCUCUAGCAGCAACACCAGCGAGGAGGAGCGUAGCCUCAGAGAAUGUGAACUCUAUGUCCAAAAACACAACAUCCAGCAGCUUCUGAAGGACUGCAUUGUACAGCUAUGUACAGUCCGACCCGAGAGACCCAUGGGAUUCCUCAGGGAAUAUUUUGAAAGAUUGGAGAAGGAGGAAGCAAAACAGUUGUUGAAUCAACAGAAAUCUGGAUCACGUUCAGACUCGCGUGAGGAUGAAAUCUCCCCUCCUCCACCUAUGAACCCUGUGGUGAAGGGCCGAAGAAGACGUGGGGCCAUCAGUGCAGAAGUCUACACAGAAGAGGAUGCUGCAUCUUACGUUAGAAAGGUUAUUCCUAAAGAUUACAAGACUAUGGCUGCUUUGGCUAAGGCAAUUGAGAAGAAUGUGCUAUUUGCCCAUCUUGAUGAUAACGAAAGAAGUGACAUCUUUGAUGCUAUGUUCCCAGUCACCUACAUUGCAGGCGAGACUGUGAUCCAGCAAGGUGAUGAAGGAGAUAACUUCUAUGUUGUCGAUCAAGGAGAAAUGGAUGUAUAUGUGAACAACGAAUGGGCAACCAACGUUGGUGAAGGUGGCAGCUUUGGAGAACUUGCCCUUAUUUAUGGAACACCCAGAGCAGCAACUGUCAAAGCAAAAACAAAUGUGAAAUUGUGGGGUAUUGACAGAGACAGCUAUAGAAGAAUCCUUAUGGGCAGUACAUUGAGAAAGAGAAAGAUGUAUGAAGAAUUCCUUAGUAAAGUAUCUAUAUUGGAAUCUCUGGACAAGUGGGAGCGUCUCACUGUAGCUGAUGCCUUGGAACCGGUACAGUUUGAGGAUGGACAGAAAAUUGUGGUCCAGGGAGAACCAGGAGAUGAGUUCUUUAUUAUCUUAGAGGGCACAGCUGCGGUGUUACAGCGGAGGUCGGAGAAUGAAGAAUUUGUUGAAGUAGGCAGACUGGCACCUUCUGAUUAUUUUGGUGAAAUAGCUCUAUUGAUGAACCGUCCUCGUGCUGCCACAGUCGUUGCUCGUGGCCCAUUGAAAUGUGUAAAGCUUGACCGACCCCGAUUUGAGCGUGUCCUGGGUCCGUGCUCGGAUAUUCUCAAACGAAACAUCCAGCAGUACAACAGCUUUGUAUCCCUGUCUGUCUGAAAUUUUGCUCCCUCUCAAAUACGUGCUUCACGAAUGCAGACUGCUUUAUUCCCUUGUGCAGAGCCACACGGCCACUGGCAUUCGCAGCUUCCUGUCUGUUUAAAGAAAAAUUGCUUUAUCAAAGCACCAUUUUUAUUUUAGAGCAUUAGUUCUGUGCUCUUUAUCCCAUUAAAUAGAAAGAAUUCUAUGGAGACUUUUGCUGUUACUGCUUCUCUCUAUGCAAUGUCUAGUGUCCGAGUUGGGCCACCACUGCCUUGCUUUUUGGUGAAGAGGUCUCCUGGCACCAAGCUAAUUGCCAUAGAGUGAGGAUGUAACAGUGGAGAGAGUUUUUUUUUUACAGAUACUUUUCAAAUUGUUCAUAUUUUUAGGUUAUGGUCCUAAUCUACUGUAUUUUUUUUUUUUUUUCAAAGGAGAACUGCCCUUGUAAUUGAUCUACUCUAGAUUUAAAUUUUCUGGGUACUGUAAUCCUCAGUUCAAUCCUGAGGCGUCAGCUGCUGUUACAGCCGCAGUUGAAAGUUAGCAGUCGCUCUGUACCCUUGUACUGGUUCAAGAUUGCUUGGUUAUGUUUUGUCAGGUUUCAUGUAAAAGCUUUUAAGGUUUAUAGUUCUGGUCAACUGCUGCAGAUAUUACUUAGUUAUCUGACCCUCACUGCAACUGAUCUUUGCCUUUCUUGUUGUCAGCUGUGGAUUCACCCCUCUAGAUCAUACUUGUUCAUAUCCAUAGGCAAACUUUGGUUAAACUCUUACCUUCAGUCACUUGUCCUUAGACUGGCACAAGAAUUGUACAACUACCCAGCUAGUGCCAAAUAGUAAUGUUUGUGCUCUGGAUGCAGUGCAGGAAUUGGAAGCGUACAUUGUUUUGCCCUGUAACUUUUGCUUGCUACUUAUUUCACAGUUGACUCUGUCCUUCAAAAGAUUCUUUCCUCAGUUAACUCCUUGGUACCCGGGAAACUAAUUUUGCCUGUUCACAACCAGCAUCAGAUGCAGGGUGGAACAACUACCCCAAUGAGAUGAAUAGAGAUGCUGGGGAGAAUGAGGCAGAAAAAGUGAAUGUUGGUUAUUCCUGCUACUGUGUUGUUUUUAAGCGUGUAUAUAUAUUUUUAAACCAGCCAGAAGUUAUUUUACCUUUUUAGUUUUCAUUUUAAAGUUAGUCUGAACACAAAUACUGCAUCUUCUGUUUCCUGCCCAACUUUUCAGAUUCACAUGAGAAAAUAUUUUACAUAUUUUUGGAAACUGUUGCUGAGUCUUAAAUGUAUUUCAGUAUUUACCAGCUUUGUGUUGUAUUAUUCUGUGCAUACCAAUAUUACCCAACAAAUUUUACUGAAUUCCACAGUUCAAUAAUGUAGGCAACUUAAGGUUUCCUUUAAGCUGUAAUUUAUACAAACUAGACUAGGGUUGUAGUUGGGAGUGACAGCAAGCAUUUUUGUAUUCAUUCUGCAACUGUUUCUAAUGAUGGAUCCCUUCUUUUUUCCUUUCUGAGGUAAUUGGACAUGGUAGACUACUUUCCAGGCUUGUAGACAUUUUAAAAAAUGUUUGCUCAUCAGACAUAAAUACAAAGUUGACGGUAUCAGAUCUUUGUGGUUUUAGGAGUAUAUCUACAAACUCCCUGUGCUUGGAUUAAUUGUGAAAUGCUUGCAUUGUGUGAACUAUUUGUUUUUCAAAAGAUCUUUGAGUGGAGGAUUCCUAUCAGUGCUCUACAGAAGUAAACAAAACUAGUUUUCUAAAACUAUUUUCUUCAGUUUUCUGUCUAACUAGGUUUUUUCUUCAUAUAUUUUAGUUACUUUGAAGCUUGAUUUGAUCCUUGUUGAUGCACCAAAAAACAAACCCACACCUAUGUAAACUAGUUAGAGCUCCACCAAAAAAAUGCAGUUUUUAUAUAAUGCUUUCUAAUCAGGUUUCACUAUUGCAUCUUUUUAGCUUGCUGUUUACUCCCUUUUGUAGUUUUACCUACAAGAUUAAGAUAAACCAGCUGAGUCUGAGUUAAAUAUUAAUCACAGUUAUAGUUUUACCUUUGUGUGCAAUUUAAAUAUGUUUGAAACCACAAUUUGGCAUAGUUUGCCUUAGCUAACAUUCAGGGCUUUAGAAGUAAUCUCUUGCUAGGCCACCUUUUAGCAAAUUUAUGAAGUCUACUGCCCUAGAGAGCUAUAGUCAACCAGAGGACCAUUUUUGUAUUAUCUGACUAUAUAAGUCUGAUGUACUGUAUGUGCUAAUAUAUUAUUAUUCCUUUUGUUAUAGAUUGUCCUAAUGGCAGGUAAAGCAAUAAAAAUGAUUUAAAUUCUUAAA